AUGUUGCCUCCGCAGUCAAGGACACCCGUAGACCUGCUCAGUUUACCAUCAAAGAAAGCGUUAUGUGAAGAAUUUGUUGGAAAGCCUUUGAGUGACCUCCGAACGCCAGCACUUGUUGUUGACCGAGCUGUAUUUACGAGAAACUGUGCUCGGAUGCUUGGAACGGCUCACGAAUGGGGUGCUGAUUUCAGAGCACACUUGAAAUCACACAAGACGGCGGAAGGGGCGAGACUGCAACUGGUCACCUCGGUCGGCCAGACACAUGCGGUCAUUGUAUCAACUUUAAUGGAGGCAUGGCAAGUCCUACGAUCGGGCUUAGUCGCUGAAGGAGUAGUCAAGGAUAUUCUAUACGGCAUGCCAAUCAGUGUAAACAAAAUCGCAGACAUUUCAGCCUUGUCCGACGAGCUUUCAAAGCACGGCGCAGUAUUGAGGCUUCACGUGGACCAUCCCGACCAAAUCGCUGCUCUGGAGGCCUUUGAAAGCCAAAGAACAGAACCUCGCAGAAGGUCGGUAUUCGUGAAGGUCGACUGCGGUGAUAAGAGAGCUGGUAUCCCCGUAACUUCAAUACUCUUCGAGGCCUUUCUAAGUAGGCUCAUAUCAUCGCCUGUCGUAUCCAUUCAUGGAUUCUACAGUCACCAAGGCGGUUCAUACGCCUCCGCUUCGCUAGACGAAGCCGCCGGGUUCCUUUCUCGUGAGCUGGAAGCUGUCAACACAGCUGCAGGGUUAGCCCUUGCGCUUCUAGCUGGCGCUCCUGAGGUUACUAGCCAUUCAACGCCUUUCGUCUUAUCGGUUGGAUCGACUCCAACAAUGCACGCGGCGACCGCCGAUACGAAGUUGAAACUAAAGCAACAACUGAACGGCCUGCUUGAGCUUCAUGCGGGGAAUUAUCCUCUCCUGGACCUACAGCAGCUCGGUACAAGUCUUAUCUCACCUAACAGAAUUUCCCAGAGUGUACUUGCUACCGUUGUUUCGUACUACCCCGGUCGUGGAGCGAAUGGCGAAGAUGAGGCUAUGGUCGAUGCUGGUGCCAUAGCGAUGUCGAAAGACAAAGGGCCAAUAGAAGGUUUUGGAGAGGUAGUUGGGAAGAAGUGGAGACUCAGUCGAAUUUCACAGGAACAUGGUAUAUUAACCAGAACGAGUGCAUCUGUUUUCGAGAGUAGCGGUGAGGACAGCGAGACGUUGACUAUUGGUGAACAGGUUCAGAUUGUUGGACAGCAUGCUUGCCUUAUUUUCGCAGCGUAUCCCUGGAUUUAUGUAUGUGACUCCGAUAGCGGGAAACCGGAUACUGUUGUAGAUGUCUGGGUUACAUGGAAAGGUUGGUGAUGCCGGAGGACAAGUAAAUUUGGGAAAUGUAUUCCAGAUGCCAUUUCUCAUAAUAUUUUAAGAUCC